UGGAUAUAAGAUGAACAUUGAUUUCUACUUAGUAAAUCUUAAAUUUGCUUGGUUUUCAAAAACAAGAAAUAUAACUAAAUACUUCUGUCUAUAUAAAUGGACUGUAGAAGACGAUAGUGCUGAGAAUUGACAAGAACACGGAAACAAAUAAAACAUUAAUCAUUCGAAACAAUUUUAUUAACUGCUUUAUAUAGAAUAAGAAUAUUUUGAAACCCCCCUAAAGGAUGAAGACCAGUCAAAUAAUGCUGGUUACAAAUAUUCUGUGUCUUCUGCUUCUUCGUUCAACCAAUGCUUACGCUGUCUUAGAAGGAAAAAAAAUUGUGAAGAAUGUUUAUACAAAAGGUCAACCAACCGUGUUACAAGCCACUGCAGGUUUCAUUUCAUCUCCUCAUAGUACUGAAGAACUCAAUAAUAUUAAUCAUACUAAUACUAAUAAUGGAAAUGGUUUCUCUACAAUUCAUCAUGUCCCGCAAGAUUCAACUAAUAACUAUGUUCUGCCUAAUUUUAUAACUGGAGCACAUCUAGUACCCGCAGAUUUAUUACUUACAGACACCGAUGACCAAAACUCAACACAGUGGUCGUUUUCGACUACAUUUGUUCCCCUAGACACACGUAAAUUUGAUAAUAAAACUGAUGAAGAUACAAUAAUGAAAUCUAAAUUAUCUGAACAACAGGACCAAAGAGAAGAGAUGCAUUCGUUUGGAGGAGGAAAUCAAAGAGCAUUUAUAGAAAAUCAUUUACCAGAAAUGCCGCCAGCCUAUCCUUAUGAUAAUGAAUAUUAUUUGCCUGAGGAAAUGCGGAAGUAUCAAGUUGUUAUAUCCUCUGACAUGGAUCUUCCAUAUUCUAUGGAUCAGCCGAAUGAUGGUAUCAAUGGUGCAGCUAGAUCUUCAUGGCCUUAUAAUAAAGACUAUAGCCAUUAUUUUGAAAAUGAAGUUCAGUUCAAACAAGGUUUGCUAACAGAUCAGCAGAUGAAAGAAGAAGCUCGACCUGUUUAUCACUCCCCAGUUCGUUGGGCCAUUAGGGAUAUAGCAUCACGUGGACAACCAAGACAUAUUGCCUGCAGUCAACCAUUAGACAGAGGUGUUGGUUCAAAUGAAUUAUCUUCUUGGUAUUACGAUUCAAAGGAUGGUCGAUGUCGCUGGUUUGGAUACCGUGGUUAUGGCGGUAAUGCAAAUAGAUUUUACAGCCGUACAGCUUGUGAAGAACUAUGCGUUCGAGACAACCAAAACAUGUGUGAGUUCGCCAAAUGUCCAAAAUCUAUUACUUCCUGUGAACUUGUUGGAGAUGAUUCAUGCAAAGUUUACAAGCAACAACAUUCUAAACCUUGGGAAGCUGAAUGCCCUCCUGAUCAACCAGUAUGUAUUACUAAACGUAAUACAAGAAUGGCACCAGAUAUUGAAUUUGAAAAUGUUCCAUCAGAAUGCCGACAGUCACCUGAUCCAGGUUCAUGUCAAGUAAAAAAUCCUUCACAAAAUUUCUUUUAUGAUAUCGAAAGUAAUGAUUGUAUUUCAUUUUACUUUCAUGAAUGUGGAGGAAAUGAUAAUCGUUUUCUUACAAAAUCAGAUUGUAUGAGUCAUUGUUCACCGUGAAAAACUAGAAAAAAUUUCAGCCAACAUUUUCAUUUACACAAUAGUCAUUUUCAUUAUACUUACCAUCAUCUUAAUCGGUAACAGUUACAACAGUUUUAUUCAAGACACCAUAUGUAACAUUACUAUAAUAAGUAGUAUUGCUAGUAGUAUAGAAUGUGUCGCAAAAGUAUUACUGAGAAAAAGAAAAACGCAUGUUAUACACUUUAUUUUCUUCUGGUAAAAUGUGAUAACAUUCAUGUUUUUCUCUGGUUUUUUCGUUAAAACAUUUUGAAAUGAAUAAACUCCCAGUUAACUGUAAUUAAUUAUCAAUUAAAUUACACUAAUUUGAUUUUACUUUAUUUCGUGUAACAUGAAUAAUAAUAAUAAUAGUAAUAAUAAUGAUAAUAAUAAUAGCGUAUUCGUUGGCUUCCAUAAAUAUUAUCAGUACAAAAA